GUGUUUUUCCCGGUGAUUAAUGGCGUCAUUCUCUGCAUUUCAGCCUAUAUUUCUAACGAUAGAGACCGCCACUAGCGCGCCACGGUGGAGAGUGGAUGCUGAUGGGGGACGAAAAGGAGACCUGGAAAGUUAAAACGCUUGACGAAAUCUUGCUGGAAAAAAAACGCAGACGAGAAUUAGAGGAGAAAACCGACCCUAAGCGCCAGAAAAAUUUCUCACAAAGCGUCGUUCCACAGGCGAAUGAUCGGGAACCGAAACGAGACACUCCGGAGGAAGGAGAACUGCGAGAUCCAAGGAUGGAAAUAACAAUCCGUAAUUCCCCGUACGUACGGGAGGACUCCACAGAGGACAGAGGAGAGGAAGACGAAUCCUUAGCAAUCAAGCCCCCGCAGCAGGUAGCGAGGAAGGACAAGUCCCAUCACAGAAAGGAGGAGAAGAGAAAGGACAAAAGACGUCACCGCAGUCACUCCGCCGAAGGAGCAGGAGGAAAACACGUCCGAGUCAAGGACAAGGAAAAGGAGCGGGACAGCGAUCGCAGGAAGCGCCGGUGGGAAGAAGACAAAGCGCGCAGAGACUGGGAGAGGCAGAAACGAAGGGAACAAGCCAGAGCUCAUUCCCGCAGAGAGAGAAGAAAACUACAAGAACACUCCUCUCCUCCAGCCGUUCCUAGGUGUCUAGCGGCUAAUGCUAAGGACCGUCUGGAGCAGCAGGAGCGCCAGCGGGAACGGGACCGCAAGAUCCGCGAGCAACAGAAAGAGCAACGGGAAUUCAAAGAGAGAGAGAGAAGGGUCGAAGAUCGGCACAAAGAAAGAGGGACUCGACGAGAACUGCCGUCUCACCACCGCAUGCUACCCGACGAGUAUGACGACAAGCUAAAGCAGAGCCAACGUAGCCGCAGCCCUGGCCGUAGUUCCCGGGACCGGUCUGAGCACGGCGAGCCGCGGAGAGCUCCUGCGUCAAAAGACGAGAGAGCAGACGUUCAAGACCUGCUAGCAGACCUCCAGGACAUCAGCGAUGCUGAGAGGAAGACCAGCACGGCAGAGUCCUCCAUGGCUUCAGGGACGGGCUCUGAAGGAGAGGAGGAGGAGGAGGAAGAAGAAGGGGAAGAUGAGUCAAGUAGCCACAGUGAGGGUGAGGAAGAGGAGGAGGAGGAGGAAGACGAGGGGGAGUCUGCUUCAGCUUCUGGACGGUCUGAGCAGAGUGCAGAGGACGUGAGCGAGGAAGAGCAGUCGGAGGAGGACUUUGAAGAGGAGAGGGAAAAUGGAAAACACAUUCCUGCAGUUCCAGAAUCCCGUUUUGACCACGACUCUGAGGAGACCGGCGAGGAAGAGGAGGAUGAGGAGGAGGAAGAUGAGGAGGAGGAAGAAGAAGGCAAAGAGGGCGUACCCACCCCUCAGUCUCAAACUCAUUCCCGCUCCGCCACCCCCGAGGAGAACUACGUCCCGGAGUCGCCGCCAGUUUCCCCCGUGGAGCUGAAGAAGGAGCUGCCCAAGUACCUGCCGGCUUUGCAGGGCUGCCGCAGCGUCGAAGAGUUUCAGUGUCUGAACCGAAUAGAGGAGGGGACCUACGGCGUGGUGUACAGGGCCAAGGACAAGAAGACCGAUGAGAUCGUUGCCUUGAAGAGGCUGAAGAUGGAGAAGGAGAAGGAAGGCUUUCCCAUCACGUCUUUAAGAGAGAUCAAUACAAUUCUGAAAGCUCAGCAUCCAAAUAUCGUCACAGUCAGGGAAAUUGUUGUCGGGAGCAACAUGGAUAAGAUCUACAUCGUGAUGAACUAUGUGGAGCACGACCUGAAGAGCCUGAUGGAGACCAUGAAGCAGCCCUUCCUGCCUGGAGAAAUAAAGACUCUUAUGCUUCAGCUGCUUCGAGGAGUCCGACAUCUUCAUGACAACUGGAUCCUGCAUCGUGAUCUGAAGACGUCUAACCUGCUGCUCAGCCACAAGGGAAUCCUCAAGAUCGGGGACUUUGGUUUGGCGCGGGAGUACGGCUCGCCCCUCAAGCAGUACACCCCCAUCGUGGUGACUCUGUGGUACCGUUCCCCGGAGCUGCUGCUUGGAGCCAAGGAGUACUCUACAGCUGUGGACAUGUGGUCAGUGGGCUGCAUAUUUGGCGAGCUCCUCACCCAGAAACCUCUCUUCCCUGGAAAAUCUGAAAUUGACCAAAUUAACAAGAUUUACAAGGACUUGGGGUCACCCAGUGAGAAGAUCUGGCCCGGCUACAGCGAGCUACCCGCGGUGAAGAAGAUGAGCUUCACAGAGUAUCCCUACAAUAACCUGAGAAAGCGCUUCGGGGCUCUGCUGUCAGACCAAGGCUUCGACCUCAUGAACAAAUUCCUCACCUACUGCCCCAGUAAGAGGAUCUCUGCCGACGAGGCCUUGAAGCACGAGUACUUCAGGGAGACGCCCCUCCCCAUCGACCCCUCCAUGUUCCCCACCUGGCCGGCCAAGAGCGAGCAGCAGAGGGUGAAGAGGGGCACCAGCCCUCGUCCACCCGAGGGAGGCCUGGGCUACAGUCAACUGGGUGACGACGACCUGAAAGAGACGGGCUUCCACCUGACGUCCAGCAACCUGGGAGCGUCUGCGGUCGGCCCCGGGUUCAGCCUCAAGUUCUGACCCGGAUCCCGCGGGACCUGGUUCUGCCUCACCGGGAGGAGCAAAGCAAAGACUUCUGGGACUUGUUUGUUUGAAGCCAGACGGUUUGCGACUUCAGGCCAGAUGGGUACCUGCCAGCCAGGCAGCUGGUACCGGACACUCGGGACUGUCUAACAGCGAGACGCGUUUUUAUGUGGACAUCUUCUCUUUACUACUCAGCAAUUCUUUUUUUUUUUUUUUUUCACCAUUUCAAACGUGACUGUUUCAGCUCCUCUACAGGAACCCGUCAUUAGAGGUUGGGUUCUCAUAUUUUGACCCUUUUCUGGUUGGUUUCCUGGCCGCUGUACAUUUCUGCAGGUCUGCUGUGCGAUCCAUCCAGCAUCAUGGCAGCGACUUACUGGGGAGCCUCAGCUGACGUGACAUUAAGGCUGACAGUGUUUUUCUAAGAAAUAAAAUUUGAAACUCCGCUUU